GACAUCACUGUAUUCUUCAAAAAAAUGUUCAUUUCCUUUUAAUACAAACUUGAGCUACCAAAGCAGCAUUCAAAACUUCAGCAGAAACCUAUUCAUGUCACUGGGAAAAUUUUAAGGAAGAUAUCCAUAAUGUUUUUACUUAAUCUUUUUAUAUGUGUCGUAUUAUAAGGGGAACAUCUUGGCCAGAAAAAAUGCAGAAAUAUUGUCAAAAGAGACAGUGGAAUAUAGAGAUGAAACUAUAAAACCUUAACCUUCAUGCUGUUUUUCAUCUGAGCAAGGAGUUGGGUCAAAUGACCUUCAGAAAUCUUUUCUAAUCUACUCUUUUCCAUGGUUCAGUGAUUCAUUAUGGUUCUAAUGAAAAAAUGAUUGCUCACAGGAGAUUCUGAGCCUUUUCCAUGGGCUCAGAUCCUAUGGUGACAAUCUUUCUGAAGAGCUCAGCACCCAAUGAAUCUAUCUGCAGUAGAAUCCAAUCUACAGUUGUCUGAAUGUACCAGUUUCAACCUGGAGAAACCAAACAAAUAAUUUUCUCAUCCACCCUGUGACUCUCAAUCUACUUUGCAAACACUUCAGGGCAGGGAAUGCCUUGUUUAAUCUGUUUUUCUAGCAGGCUCAGGAUGCCGGCAGCAUGAUUUUAGCUAUUGCUUUUGGAAACAAGUUAGGAGUCAAUAUGUCAGAGUUGUUAUUGUAGCUACCCAUUAAUUUACUGCAAGAGCUUCGCUGGUAUUCAGGUUACUCUGCUAUGUUUUUGCCAGUAUAAAACAAAAUGUGAAACAACCUCUUAGAUGCAGACACUGUGAGAGCGACUGCAAAAUAUAGUGGAAGCAAUUGGCAAAGAAUGUGGUCGGUUCUUGUAGUGAUUGAGAGCUGGGUAGAACAAAGAGCUUCUUCUAAUAGGAAAGUGAGCAUGGGAAAUGAGGUAGGAGGCUAUAAAAGGAGUGACUUUUCAGAAUGGAACCUGAGCAAUGCUUGUUUAUACAAGGGAGAGAGAGGCUGAUUAAUUGUACUGAAGAGGAAGAAGUACAGCCAAGAUCUGAGAGAUAAAGCCAUUAUUCUUGUCCAUGCAUCCAACUUUUAAACUCUUUUCUUCAGUAGAGUUUGUGCCUUCCAUUUACUCAUCAUCACUUUGUGUUGCAGCUUCCAUCCAUCUCCAAAAGAUGUCCUGCUACGAUCUGUGCUCCACCAACUGUGGCAUCGGCUGCACCCAGCCCAUCGCUGACAGCUGCAAUGAGCCCUGUGUCCGGCAGUGCCCUGACUCCACAACUGUGAUCCAGCCACCUCCUGUUGUUGUCACCUUCCCUGGACCCAUCCUCAGCAACUUCCCCCAGAAUUCUGUGGUGGGAUCCUCUGGAGCUCCCGUUCUUGGGGGCUUUGGGGGCUCCUCCCUGGGCUUUGGGGGUCUGUAUGGCUAUGGAGGAUCCUCUCUGGGCUAUGGGGGUCUGUAUGGCCUUGGGAGCUAUGGGGGCUAUGGCUAUGGAAGCUCCUCCCUUGGCUAUGGGGGCCUGUAUGGGUGCUCCUCCCUUGGUUAUGGGGGCCUGUAUGGCUAUGGUAGAUCCUAUGGCUCCAGCUAUUGCAGCCCUUACUCCUACCGGUACAACAGAUACCGUCGUGGCAGCUGCGGUCCCUGCUAA